AUUUCGCCCUCCUUCUCUCUCUCUCUCCCUCGCUGGCAGUCGCCCGUUCGAUUUCGCCCUCCUUCUCUCUCUCUCUCUCUCUCUUCGAUCGCUCCGCUCCUUUCCGUGGCGAUCUGAGACCGAUCGGGGGGAGCUGCGGGGAGCCGGAAUCGGAGCCGGAGCGCCGCCGUCCGUCCCAGGGCUUUCCUCCUCCUUCUUCUUCUUCUGCUGCCGUGCCGGUUCUGCGGCGGGCGAGCGAGCGAGCGAGCGGGGUGGGGGAAGGAAGAGGAGGAGGAGGAGGAGGAGGAGGAGGAGUAGAGGGAGCGAGGGGGGCGGGAGGCGCGAUGGCGGCAUUCGACUCGCUGGAUGCGCUCCUGUUCUCUCUCAGCGGGGCCUUCUGUAGCCCUCUCGCCGUCUUCGUUCAGAUCCAGGGAUGUUUGAUAUGCCUAGUUCUAGCUCUCGGGUGGGCUUGCGCUGCACAUGUCAGGAAUAGAGAGAUCAAGCGGAUGAAAGACAGUAUCAGACGUGGCAAUAGUUUUGCAUUUCUUUCUCAUGAUAUCAAUGACCUGGAGCACUCCAAGCAGGUCAAUCUGCCCAGAGUGUCUGUUGUGAUGCCAUUGAAGGGUUUUGGCGAACACAAUUUGCACAAUUGGAGAAGUCAGAUCACAUCUCUCUAUGGAGGUCCUCUAGAAUUUCUUUUUGUGGUGGAAAGUACAGAAGAUCCUGCUUAUCAUGCUGCAUCUUUGUUGAUAUCAGAAUAUAAGGAUGAUGUUGAUGCUAAGAUUAUCGUGGCUGGUCUGUCAACAACUUGUAGUCAGAAGAUCCACAACCAGUUGUUGGGAGUCGAAAAAAUGCACAAAGACACCAAAUAUGUUUUGUUUCUGGAUGAUGACGUUAGGCUGCAUCCUGGAUCCAUAGGAGCACUCACUGCCGAGAUGGAAAAGAAACCCGAGAUAUUUAUUCAAACUGGAUAUCCACUUGAUUUGCCAUCUGGAAGCCUGGGGAGUUACUGCAUUUAUGAGUAUCAUAUGCCUUGCUCGAUGGGCUUUGCUACUGGUGGAAAAACCUUCUUUUUGUGGGGAGGGUGUAUGAUGAUGCAUGCUGAUGACUUCAGAUAUGACCGAUAUGGAGUCGUUUCAGGGCUUCAAGAUGGUGGAUACUCUGACGAUAUGACACUUGCAGCUAUUGCUGGCGCUCACAAGAGGCUUAUUUCAUCUCCUCCUGUUGCUGUUUUUCCUCAUCCAUUAGCCAGUGAUCUUAGUUUUUCUAGGUACUGGAAUUACUUACGGAAGCAGACAUUUGUUCUGGAAUCAUACACGACAAAAGUCAAUUGGAUAAUGAACCGCGCAUUAUUUACUUCGCACUGCUAUCUAUCUUGGGGAUUUGUUGCACCAUAUAUAAUGACCUCAGUUCAUGUAACAGCAGCACUACGAGCUUACAUCAAAGGUUACUCAUUUGAGGAAACUAGCUUAACUAAUGUUGGUUUGUUAAUGGUGGGAUGCUUAGUUCUGUGCACUGCUACUGAACUCCUUUCCAUGUGGAACUUGACAAGAAUAGAAGUUGAGCUCUGCAACAUGCUAUCCCCUGAGGCACCUCAACUUUCCCUUGCUUCGUAUAACUGGGGCCUUGUAUUUAUAGCGAUGGUGGUAGAUAACUUCUUGUACACUGUCAGUGCGGUUCGUUCUCAUUUCUCUCAAUCUAUCAACUGGUCUGGCAUCCGUUACCACUUGAAAGAUGGAAAGAUCAGUAAGAUAGACAGGAGUAAGGAUCUUGGCCCAAAAUUCACAGAUUUGGGAGGAAAGACAUUGUAUGGCAGAAAAGGAUCGCCGCCUAAAAACUUGUUUAUCAGCUCGCUCGCAAGAAGUUUGGCGCAAUGGCGUCAGCCCAAGAAGUUCGAUGUCUAGCAGAAGAAGAAAAAGGGAGAAAGGGAAUUCGCAUUUGUUCCUCCAAUUUUUGGACCAUAUGCGGUUGGAAUUCAGGGCUUCGGGCGGCGCCCCCAGUGGAAUCUUUGAUCCUCUUGAAAUUGCUCGGCCAAUUAAAUUUAUCAUUGUUUGAUUUUAGCAAAUCUAAGAAUGUCAUUCGAUUUUUUUCUUCCUUUCAAUCGUUUUCCCACCGUGGCCGAUAUAUUCUUUUAGUUUCAGCCCUUUCUGUUUUCGGGCUGAUCCUGUAAGGUUGUUCAUUUUGUCGUGUAAUUUAUGUGUUCCGUUGUAGUCCAGCGAUAGCUCAGUGGGUCAAGAGUGUUGUAGAUCUUCCAAGUUCAUCUUUUAAAUUAGCAAAGCCUCGUCUUC